AUGUUGCACGUCUGGCAUGACAGCGUCUUGAGCGACGCUGGUAAACAGACUGAGUAUGGCCUCACAACCUCGUUCUCAUCCCUGAACCUCACAUCGGAGGAGCCAACCAUCCCCAUCUCGUCCUUCGCUGCUCCACUGCAGUUAGCUGUCCUGGUGCUGGCUGUGAGGCGGCAUAACCUACAUCAAGCCGGCACACCAGCAGAAGAUCCCGCUUGGAAAAAUGCCAGUGUCAAGCCCGAGAGUCUUUCGGCUGUCUCUCCUUCUGACCUCAAUCAUAUGUCCAAGCUCGUUCUGGACAUGUUUGCGCUUGCGAAGCAAAGAGGGGUAGCGGCUUCCUCAGCCGGUAGGCUUCAGCGAGCUAUUCGAGGGCGUAAUGAUGCGGAAUCACAAUUGGCAACAAAGAGCACACAAUUGGAAACGACGCACAGUAUGCUUGAGCGCGCUGUUGUCAAGAUGGGUCAGGAUGGCACGACCCCAGAGGACAUAGCCGUGCAUAUCGCUAUGCCUCUGGAUCAGGUCAAAGAGACACUUCUUCGUUUUGGUAUCGUUGUAUAG